AUAUAUAUAUAUAUGUGUGUAUAUAUAUAUAUAAAACUUGAAUGCAAAAAUCUCUGAUGGUGUAGUGUGUACAAUGUGUCCAACAAAGAGUGUCACAAAGGGUGUAACUAGUGCCCCCCUCAAUGACAAAUCAAGUGUCUCAGAUGACAUAGCGAGUGUCUCCAGUGAUGUACCGAGUGUCUUUAUUGACGUACUGACCAUCUCCAACGACGUAGCGAGUGUUCCCACUGACGAUCCAAGCACCUCUGGCAUUUUACCAAGUCCCUCUGAUGACGUAGCGAGUGUCACUAAUGAUACGGAGAGUGUCUCCAAUGGCGUAGUGUCUCCUGCAUAUGGCUUUGUCUCAAACCUUGUUAACUUGUUAAGUUUCUGUUGUCAAACCUUUCUGAAUUAUCGUAGCAAUUGAUGAACAGGGUUCGUACAAGGUGCUUCAAAUCUAGCGACUUUUUGGACAAACCUUAGCUACUUUCCAUAGAAGAGAGCGGCCAGUGAUGCUCCCAGUUCGGCGCCCGUGUCGUGCGUGACGUGCUCGCCGUGUUUCGUGUCGAAGUCCGUCGCAACCUUGCGACAGCUUCCCGAUCCGGCCGCGAGAACGACGUCAAUACGGUCUUCUUUUGUCAAAGGUAUUCUUAAAGGCUACCCGAAAAUAAAUUCAUAAAUAAACUAAGUAUGGAAAAUUUUUGGAAGACAGUUUGCUAAAAAAUAAAUAAAUAAAUAAAUUGCCCCCAUGGGAAAGUAUGGAGACUUUUGGGACGCUCCAUUUAUUGACGUUACGGUGCAAUCUUGAGAAAUGUUUGAAUGCCAUCUCUUGCAUAGUCGUUGAAAUCAAAAACGACAGUGCUUGUAAAGUCCUUGAAAGUCCUGGAACUUCAUUAGGAAGCAUCUGUACGAACCCUAGAUGAGUAGAAAGGGCUACAGAUAAGUUCCUCAGCAGUCAGGUUUUGUAGGUUUUUUUUACCUAACAGCGUGAGAUGUAAUUCGUUUCGCUGUUUCGUCCUCAGCUUUGUGUUUUCAUUUCCAAAUAAGGAGAAGGUUUGUUUCUGCGUACGCACUCCACCUUUCAGCCGCUUCUUCGAAUAGACCUACCCGUGCUUGUCUUCUGGGAGUGUGUACAAGAUGAAUCGUAGUAAAUUGUCCACUGUUUAAUCAGACUUGAUAAGGGUGUGUUCAUUUUUGCAGCACGGAAUAAAAAGAUGAAGAUUUUUAAACAGUAAUGAGACGAUCUGCAUUUGGAGCACGCAUGUUGAAACUGAUUACUGUAUCCUCCCGUGCAGGGUACUGGGUACACGGCUCGAAAAUAAAAACAAAGAAUCAUCCGGGAUAAUUAACGUUGUUUCAUGCCGAGUAUGUUCUGAUAUUAAAUUGUUCCGCGUUAUCGAAGUACAUGAUAAAGAAUUAACCGCGCUCGAAGCUUUCGUCAAAUUAAAAGCGGAAACACCCAAAAACCGUAUACGGUCCCAUAACGAAGACGCACCCUGUGUCGAUACGUGAAAUUCUGGAGGGAACGCCGGGACACGUGGCGUGGGGACGUAAUGACACGUGUCGUUAAUCGAUCUAUGUUCUGUAACAUGUAAAACAGGAACAUGAAAGGAAUAUUCUAAAAGCGACUCGUGUAAACACCUUAAUCAGAAUAGUGUCUUAUUCAGAAUAAGGUCCAUAAUUAGAUUACUGCUGUAUAUUGUGAUAAUACAUGGGUCAGUGUGCUUUCUUUUUGACGCUUUUUUUUUUUUUAAAUAUCAUCUGAAUCCCUCGGCAAGGUUAUAUUAGCAAGGUUAUAUUAUGUAAAUAUGGAACUUUUUACUUCGGAACAUCUAGCUCUCUCUGAAUCUUAAUAUUACAAUGUGGAAAUGGUGACGGUUCAUUUUAGUAGACUUCACUACACACCAAACAGUUCAUGUGCUCAGUGCAGCCUCUCGGUGGAGCUCUCAGGGUCUUGGCUUGGUUUCAUUUCCGCCUCAGGCUGUAGGUUUCGUUUCUGAGUAAGAGCUCCACCUCUCAGCUGACUUCUUUAAAAACACUCAGCUGCUGUUUUUCUAGCAGAGAUUCCAAAAUGGACUUGGGCACAAUUGUGGCAAUGGGAGCUGGAGCAGCUGGCGCUGUAGUAGCGGCUCCACUUGUGGUAUCAGCGAUGGGUUUCACUGCUGGAGGCAUCGCUGCAGGAUCCCUAGCUUCGUCGAUGAUGUCAGCAGCAGCUGUUGCUAACGGUGGCGGCGUAGUAGCAGGAGGUGCUGUUGCUGUCCUCCAGUCCGUCGGAGCUGCUGGACUUUCUGCUGCUGGCCAGGCCGUAGCGGCGGCUACAGGAGCGGCUGUGGUUGGAGCGGUUGAAUGCUUAACCUCUUCAUGUGGUUAAACCUUGAUUUAAACAAAACAAAUGGCAAAUACUAUUUGUUGUUUUCUGGGGGGGGGUUUUUUGCCUGAUGAUAAAAAUUCUUUCUGAUGUGAAGAAGACCUUUUACUUGUUUUCAUCUAGAUGAAGGUGUGCACUGUGUAGUCCUAAUAAAAUAACUAAUAAAAUAGGUGCACUUAUAAUGUUGGAGUAAGUGUCUUAUUUCACUUUCCCAGUGAUUUUGUUGUUGUUGUUAUGAACAAAGUUUAAGUGGAUUAAGGUAGCUUCUGUUAUGAAUCGUCUCUCCUGCUUGAAACGGAUUUAGACUUCCAACUCGUCAUCUGAACACACUGUUUCUACUAUAAGCCCUUGAAACCUACCUACCAGUAUAUCAGAUCCAGCCAAGUAGUGGCUGCCGUGACUAAGAGUAAAUGGUAUUUCCUCAGUGUAUCCUCCAAAACAUCCGAGUUCCCUGACUGCGUUUCCUGAAGAAAGAUAAAAAUCUGCUGUGCUUCUCUUACAAAAUAAAAUAAAAACAUUGCUUUUCUUUUUCACACUGUCAGGUAUUCCUCUAACAUUCAAAGACACAACCGACAAAGGCUUUGUGGACCCAUACUCCACAAAUACAACUAACACGAAUAACUAAGACUUUAAUUUGUACCGGACUAAACCCAGUUAUAAAGGAAGACGUGGCUUAUAACCAGUAAAGCAUACAGGCAACAAGGUAGCAAAAGUAACUCUAAGUAGAGAGAGCUGGAUGAUAUCCAAAGGAAAACAGACUUUGUCCCGCUACUAGGAAUGUGUUGUGACGGUGUAUUUCUUAUUCAGGCCACAAGAUGGCGGUGCAACACUCGAGUCGGUAAACAUCCCGCAUCCGCUCGAACGACGAAGAAGAAGCACGCGGUUCAUGUAAACUUCCGGGUUAAUGAGUGUUUUUGUUUUCCGGGGCUGAGAGGGUAAGAUGGAUUAUUUUAAACAGACUUUGAAGACGGACUGUGAGGAUUUACUCGCGCGUUUUCAGGCCACGGCGUCUGUGCGGUUCGAGGAGUUUUCAGCCAUCUGGAGAGAGAUGAAAUUCUCCAGUAUAUUUUAUGGCAUCUUGGAGCCCAGUGAGAAGAAGGUCUUCACACGCUUGGUUCUGUCUGCAGCGUCUCAGUACCUGCUCCCUCCGUAUUCCUUCCAGAUCCGUGUAGGAGGUCUUUACCUGCUCUACAGCCUCUACACCUCUCAGUUCAACGUUCCUAAAGAGCGGAUCCGCAUCGCUCUGAAGGACUGGGACGAGCUGAUCCGUUUCCAGCAGGACGCGGUGAACGCGCAGCACUAUGACGUGGUGUACAUUCUCAAGAAACUGCUGUCUGAGCAAGCCGUCUGCUUCACCGCCAUGCCGGACACGCUGUCCUUUCAGGUGAAGAAGAAGAGGGUGGACAGGAGGCAGCAGCUGUGCGAGUCGUUUGUGGACCGGCCGACCCGACCUCAGGAGCUCAUCGGCACCGACCUGCUCGAGGAGCUGGCCAACGUCCACGAGCACUACGAAGGGCUGAAGAAGGCCAUCCUACCACAGCCGCCCCAGUCCCAUCUGAGUCUCGUCAAACCCAACCUGGUGCCCAAACUGCGCAGCGCCGUCCUCACGUUCUGCAGCUGGCAGCAGAACCAGGCCGAGUUUGGCAGUCCGAGUGACGGAGACGCAGGAGAAGGAACGUCAAGUCAGGCUCAUGAUGAGAGUUCUCGCAGAGCUCAGCUCCUGGCCUCCAUCAAAUCCAGGUCUUACGCGCAGGCUGUGGAGGCUUCGAGAUCUCGGCGUCACAGACAAAUCGAGUUGACGUCAGCGGCCCAGGACUCCGAGUCCACGCGGCAAAUCCCCAGGUUCAAGAAACCCCCGUCUCUUAAAAUGCGCACGAGCUCGCGCUUCACGGCCGAAGGAAGCGAGAACGGGGGGCUGCAGCGCACAACCCGGUUAUGGCGCCUCACCGCGGUGGAGGGUGAAAAGACUGAAGAAAAAAAGAAGAGAAGAUUCAUCUGGAAAGAGCGCAUGCGUAGUAAACACUAAACAACAAAGCCUGAUUGGACCGGCUCAUGGGCCGUGUCUGAUUUUACUGGUUUAUAAUGGGUCGUAUCUGAUUUUACUGGUUUAUACUGGGUCAUGUCUGAUUGGACAGGUUUAUAAUGGGUCGUGUCUGAUUGGUCAUGUCUGAUUGGACAGGUUUAUAAUGGGUCGUGUCUGAUUUUACAGGUUUAUAAUGGGUCAUGUCUGAUUGGAUGAGCGUGUGACGGGUCAUGUCUGAUUGGAGAGGCUUUUGAUGAGCCACACAUGAUUGGACUUGUGAUGGGCCUUGUCAACUUUGACAAGUUUAUGACUGAUUGUACUAGACUGGACAGAAUUUUAAUGAGUUUUGUCCGAUUCCUGUCAUAUCUGUCAAAUAUCUGACUUUAUGAGCCGGUCACGGUUUGUAUUUUUUUUUUUUUUUUACCGCUUGGGCCUUUUAAUAGACGAGACAUGAUUGGACCGACUUGUGACAGGUAAUAUCUAAUUCGUAACAUGCUGUGUUUGAUUGGAUAGGCAUCUGAUUGGACAGGCUUAUAACAGGUCAAGUUUGUUUGGAUGGGAUUGUGACAGGUCCUGUCUAAUUUGAUGGGCUUGUGACAAGCCAUGUCUGAUUGGACCGGCUUGUAACUGAUUGUGUCUGAUUGGACUGGCUUCUAACAGGUCAGAUCUGAUUGUAACAGCUUGUACCUGAUUGGAUCAGCUUCUAACAGGUCAGAUCUGAUUGUAAAAGCUUGUGACAAAUCAUGUCCGAAUGGACCGGCUUGUAACAGGUCAAGUUUGAUUGAAUGGGUUUGUAAAAGGGCGUGUCUGAUUGUAACAGCUGAAAUAUGAUUGGACCGGCUUGUAGCCGGUCGUGUCUGAUUGGACAAAACCAGUGACGCAUCACUAUGGAUGAAUAUUUCUAGAAAUAUCAAACGAGAUACUUCACACAAAAAGACAGACUUUUAUUUCAAGUGUAUUUUUUUUACCCCAUAAUCUUUGAAUUGUUUUAUCAUUUUAUUACCAUGUAUAUACGGAGACUAGUGACUGAUGUUUAAAAGAUGUAUAAGUUAAUGAUGUGGAGGUUUUUCUACACACGAUAUGGUGAAAAUACUUCUGUAAAAAGUCAUUGCUGUUGUUUCUUGUCGUUUUUUUUUUUUGCAUACAAAACCCCCACCAGCACACAAGUCAUCAGAGGACUAUUAGGACAUUGUUGACAGUCACUCAUGGGAGGACACGUAUAUGAACAUAAACUAUCAACAAACCAAACACUACCAAGAGCUGCGUUAUGAGUCCCUUCUAACUAAGCAGGAUGCCCAGUCACCUCAAUAUCGAAAAGACUAAGCAACUGGUUUUUAGCUCUUCCAAAACACCGACCCAUCCUUCCAGUAUUACCAUUAACCGAGAGAUGGUUGAAAGUGUGGAGCGUUUCAGAUACCCGGGCAUCACAUUGGAUAAACAUCUCAGUGUCAAUCAGGACACUCUAGGUAUUUACAAGUGCUCUCGACAGAGACCUACAGUUAUCCGUAAACUUAAAUAUCUGUCUGUUCAGCCUAGCCUGCUUCUUCUUCUGUACCGAAGUAUUAUAGAACCGGUUCUCAUGUAUGGUGCCGUUUGAUUUUUCUAUAUGCUAUCAGUUACCAAUAAGAACAAACUCUUGAAAAUAACUAAUUUAGGGAGAAAAAUUAGCGGUAUUCCCACCCACAAUUUAUCGGACUGUCAUUUCAUAUACCCUUCAGAAGGCACAUAAAAUUUUAAAUGAUCCAAACCACCCACUUUAUCACUAUUUCAACCCCCUUCCUUCGGGCCGUAGGUAUAGACUACCCAUGUCCAGAAAGGCCAGCUAUGGUAGGAGUUUUGUUCCGAUGGCUAUACGAGCGUUAAACACGUAGGUACUCAGCCAUUGUGAUGCCAGAUGCAUUUGUUGUAUGACGCUCCUGAUGUUUUUCUUUUUGUUCCCUUCUCCCCUUUAUGCCUGGGAUUGUGUAUAAUGGUUUGUAUCGAUGAUGUUAUUAUGUUUUUGUUUUUCUACGCACCCACGGUGUAAACAAAUUUCCUCUUUGAGGACCAAUAAAUUAUCUAUCUAUUAUGUGAAUAGACAAAGAAAAAUAACAAUAUAAACGUGCAUGCAUAUAAAUGAGUGCGAUGAACAUAUUUGAAGGACGAGUUAAUAACACCGACAGUAGAGACUAUAUCCGUCCAUCCAUCCAUCCAUUUUCCAUACCGCUUAUCCUACCCAGGGUCACAUGGAGCUCGGGGUACAAGGCAGGGGACACCCUGGACAGGGUGCCAACCCAUCGCAGGGCGCAAAUGCACACCAUGGACAAUUCGGAAAUGCCGGUCAGCCUAUAACGCAUGUGAAUGGUCUGGUCUGC